ACUGUCAGUAUCUCCUGACAGUGCAAUCCUAUUAUACACAGUGCUCACAGCCCACACUGACCAGGCAGCUAGUAUCCCCUGACAGCACUAUUUGCAUAUAGAUAAUAAUCGCACAGCUUACACUGAAUAGGAGCCUGUCAGUGUCCUCUGCCAGUACGAUCCUCACAGCCUUCACAAGUAAGGAGAAACCACAUUCAGAGCUGAUUGGUAGAGAGCUGACCAUGUGACCUCCUAGCAUAGCAACGCGUCCAGGGCAACCAGCCCUGCUUCAGAGCUCACUGCUAUUGACGUGCUUCUCACACAGGAAGUGCCUUGUUUACACUGUUCACAUGAUGCGGCUGACAGCUUCCGGCCCACUGCGAUUCUCCAGCAGUUGCUAGUCUUGGUCAAACACAUAACCUGACCUUAUAUUACCACAAUUUGUAAUUGUUUUGCUUCCUAAUGUAUAUUCAUACUGUAUAUUAUAUGUAAGUGCUGUUUCUGUUCCUGUACUUUGAUUUUCAAGUUUGGAUUGUUACUCCUCCCAUGUGUUUUUGGCGCCCAUUUUUGGGCUAUAUAAACCUGCUAUUGUUGUACUGUCCUUAUCCUGAUCUGAGGAAGGGAGGGAUCCUCCCGAAACGCGUAAUCUUGUCCAUUUUAUUGUUUUUUUAAUAAAAUGUCCUGCUGAGGACUUUCCUAUUACCUUUGGCAUCCGCCUCAUCUGUCUACAAGAGUCUGCAGCGCCAUACCUGAGGGUUUUUUCCUGCUCUACUUCUAAUAUUGACUCCCAGGACGACUUGUUUCCUCCUGCAACCCAUCGGCAUAGCAGCGACUCGUACUACAGUACCCAGAUUAUAUCGUGGGUGAUAUGCUUUUUUGCAUAGAUCUCAAGAUUCUUCAACACAGGCCGUUAGCUGUAACGUGCCAGAAGAGUUUCUACUCAUGGCCGAGGCGACCGUGACUACCCUCCCUUCAUUCGCUACCAUGGACCUCAAGAAUACAAGAUUAAACAGGAGAUCCAUGAUGUUCGACACCCUUGUGACUUCCACACCAUUCAUUGGAACAGUGAUGUCCUCCUCUGAUCCUGCAGGUACUGUUAAGGUUAAUGAUUUUGAACAAAUGAAAAGCCUCUUCUUUGAACUUGAAAAACUCUCAGCGGAAGAAACUCACCAUCAACUGGACAGUGCUUUUCUUAAAGUAUAUCUGAAUGAAAAACUUGUUCCCAGGGGUUUAAGACUGAGACCAAUUGCAUCAUUCAAAGAGGACACUGAGUUUUACAGUAAAUGGGAAUAUGCUUUAAACUUCUGUUCCUCCACACUCCUUCAAUUAUUAUCAGAAAAAAGGGACUCAGUUGUAGACCACCUCUCGGAUAAAAUCGAUAACUGCAUAUUUGCACUCUCGAAGUUCCAACAUUUACCGGAAUACACAGAGUGGCAGUUAUCUCAUAACACAAAAUCACUCAAGUUGGAAAAAGAAAUAUUACAAAAAAAGCUGACCAAGCUGAACAGAGAUAGGAAUGACUAUCAGAAUAAUAACAUCAAAUACUGGCUCAAAACAGACAAACCACAUGAUGGGAACCUCACUUAUAGUAAAAACAAAAAUAUUAAUAAUAAGACAAAUAAAAAUAAAUAUCCACCACGUUCCUUAAACAAUACUAAAACCUUCAGACCAACUUACAAAACUACCCCCCAGCCACCAUCUAAUCUCAUUCAUAAAACCACAACCCAGAAUACUACUCCUCGGCAACCCUACUCCCACAAACCCAGACGCCUUAAUCCAUCUGAACCUACCCACCAGUCACACUCCAACUCUUUCCAUAAACAGCUUUCUACCUCUGAUUGUCACUCCCAUCCAUCCAAUAUUAUACCACAGACCAGCACUCAUACUACUACCGUCCAUCAUCCCACCAUCAAUACGGCUCCAUCUAAUCCACCUCCUCAGGAACUCAUUGAAUUUAUUAACUCAUGUAGCCUCAAUCCACCCAAACACGAACCUUCUAAACGCCUUCCUUCAGGCCGUUUCUCUUCAUCUGACCAAGAUUCUCUCCUUGAUGACUCACUACUAACCGUUCAUAUCACUACCCCCCCUUGCAGUAAUGAUCCAGGACGCAUAUAUUUCACCCCAAUGGAGAACCCCCCCACUAACCAUCCCAAACUCUCAAAUACCACCAUCCCCAAUAUGGAUUUAUCCUUACCCCACAACCAACACAACACUACUGUUUUUUUAGACCUCCCCCGCAGAAUUCAGAUAUCACCCCCACCUAUGAAACCCACAACCCCUAUGGAACUAGUGGACAUAGCUCCCCCUUUAGGGGUAAAAAGAAAAGACCGCGGAGACGGGGAUGCAGGGGAGGUCGAAAAAGAAACGAGGGAAGACAAGAGAAAAAGGAAGAACAAGACACACAAGGUUGUCCAAAUAUAGACACUGUUAAAAUAUUCAAUCUCUCUACUUAUAUUAUCAAUGAUAUUGAAAAUAAUAUCCUCAAAAGAGGGCUAUCAUUCUGUCCGACGGGAAGGUCCAACAGCUUUGACCUAUUUAUUGACCUUAAUAAUUUUGUGAAAAAGCUUACUAUUAAAAGGUUUUUCAAUAUCAAAGGUGAACCACAAGGGGAGCACAGCCACACCACUGAUAUAGAAUCUAUGGUACCAGCACCUAUACACACUGACCUUAAACCAAAAUCGAACUUCUAUCCCCUCCAAUCGAGAGGCAGUUACCUUGAUACUUUUCUUAGCAUGGUCGCACACGAUCUAGAAAAACUUACUAAAAGAGACAAUAAAUAUGCUAAUA